AUGGACGAGCUACUGACCCCGGUUAGCACCACGUACCUAAAGCCCCGAAAGGACUCUCAACCGCUAUCUGAAGUUGGCUCGACGAAGAGGGUGAUCGAAGUAUUACCGAUAUCACAGGUUGAAUCACCUGACGGAGCGUUGGAGCUUCUUCGAAAUCAGCCAGACUACGAUUCGCUUAUCCAGGCUCUGAAAUAUCUAACACAGGAUGAGAAGCGGCCAGGCAGUUUCCAAGUCCACGAGCCUGGCCCCAAAAGCGCGGCGAUAAUUCACGUCUUGGUGACGGAAAUCGCUUCAAAUUACUGGCCGUUGUUAAAAGAAGGUGGACAGAGUGAUGGCGCUGAGGACGCUUAUAACGACGCACAGGUGUUUGUUAGAUGCUUACAAAGUGUUGCCGGACUGAACGCUGUUCUUACUCAUCUCAGAGCUCUCAUUCAAGAGCACAAGUUGGGGAGUAAAGAUUCCAAGCGCCCAGAUCUAGUGCUCCAUAUCAGCAUCUUCCUCGAUCUACUGGCAUCAGCUUUAGACGGCGAUAAUGCUAUCCGGACCCUGUGGACAGCUUCAGCGGGACGACUAAGCUCCGAGACUUCAAAGAAAGUACAAUCUCAGGCACUGCUUUCUUUGCUCACCAGUGGCCGUAUAAUAUCCACAGCUGCCGAAGCAACUGAGAUUGUUGGAUCAGAAACCAUUCACACCGGCGUAAUAUGGAUAACGGAUGGAACCAAAUAUUCUCAAUGGGUGGCCUUUAAUCUGAUAGCCUGGGCUAGACAAACAAAAAGCGAAAGCGAAUUGCACUUUUGUUCAGACCUCUUCCAGCGAAGCAUGUCACUGGGCUAUUCAGAAUCCCUCGUGAAGACGGUUAUCGACGGUCUACUCCUCCUAAGAGGAAGUAAUCCAGGUGACUUUGCCAAAGUUUGCCUCUCUCACCCCCAUAGCGCCAAAAAGGCUAUGAAUACACUGCUGCAAUACCUUGCCCAGCACCUCAAUGGACUCGACCUGGACGAGCCGUCUUCAAAAGCAACUGUCUCUGCCGCUGCUGGCAUCAUUGACACCCUCAUCAAGGGCAACGAGGCUCUCUAUAAUUACCUCGUUGCUUGGUGCGCUUCAUCUUCUGGCGCCGGUCUGGGUGACUCUGUAGGCAUCAGGAGAGCAAUUCUUGCAGUUCUGGCUCAAAAUAAAGAUGGCAUCACAACCGUAUUCGAAAAGAGCUUGUCUCAGUUUGGAGAUCAGCUAUACAUCAAGCACGCAGCCAUACUGCAACAAAAUGUUCACACAGAAGUGCUGCUUCUUAGUGCCGGAUACAUCUCCAGGCUGUCCCCUAUCAAACUGAGAAUCAUUGUGAGAUCAGGCUCAUACUUGUCCGCAAUCUCAAAUCGGAUAGCUUCAACUCAGGCCAGAGCUCGUUUCUUGGGUUUAGUUGUUGGAGAAUCUCUUUCGACUCUCAUGGACGAUAAGUCUCGAAAGCUCGAUUUCCACAUGGACGAAACGGAAAGCGAAGAAGCUAAAUGGCUAAAAUCUCUUACUGGUGUUUUUGACGAGGUCGGAUCUAUCGAGCCCAUCCUCAAGACAGAAACUUCAGGACUUCCAGUACGAAAAGAGAAUCGACCACGUCAAAAUCGAAUCCAAAAACAAAAGCCCAAACCAAAGCCAAAAUCCGAACCCAGCAUCUCAACCAUCAAGCCUAUAGCCAUCAUUGAAGAGAUUAACUCUUCAGACGACAGUGAAGAAGACCUUGUUCCAUAUGCCAAAGACUCCGAUCCAGAAGACUCUGAUGAUGACGCUACAUUGGUUCAACGCAACAAGCCAAAAGCUCCAGUCUACAUCCGAGACCUAAUAUUAUAUCUCCGCGACACAGAAUCAUACGACAAGCAGAAACUGGCCCUGCAGAACGCACCCGUCCUGAUUCGAAGAAAGGCAAACUUCGGCACGGAAGUGAGUUCACACGCAGAUGAACUCGCCGGUCUCUUCGUCGGUCUCCAAGACAAAUUCGACAUUGAAGAAUUCAACGAUUUGAAAUUGCAAGGCAUGAUGGCCUUGAUCGUCGCUCAGCCAAAAUCCAUGGCCCCAUGGUUUUCACGGACCUUCUUCGAAGGCGAUUACUCCCUGUCACAGCGAACGCAGGUCCUCGUCGCCAUUGGACUAUCAGCCAGAGAACUCGCCGGGUUUGAUACUUCUGAAUAUCAAUCCAGUGCAUCUUUCCCUUCAAAAAGACUGCCAGAGAAGAUUGAACAGCUCUACCUAGACUCAACAACCAACCAAAGCCAAACCAAUCCCUCAUCCCAGCUAAAAGCCCUACCCUCAACAGCACUCGACACAAUAACGCAAUCCCUCACAUCUUCCUUUCUAGAGCCAUUAGCCGCAAAGGCAGCCGACGCAACCACCGGCCCAGACAUUCUCAAACUCCAAACCUUUACAAGCCGUUACAAAUCCAAGUCAAAAGCAAAGCCCCGAGUCCGCUCAAUCCCAAACACCACCGCCGCCCUCAUCGCAGACUCCUUCUUCUACCCUCUCACCGCGCACUUCCAAGUCGCCCUCCGAUCCUCCAAACCCCUCAUCCUAAACCCCGCCCUAUUAGCACUCUAUCUCCAAACUCUAGGCGUCAUCAUCCACGCGGCAGGCCCUUCAACGCUCUCGCUCCCGCAGCUCACCUCCGAACUGUGGAAUCUGCUCCUCGCCGUGAGAACACAUACCCAAGACGACAUGGGCGCCCUAAAAGGCUGGCUCGUGGCCAUGGCGUCGCUGCUGGAGGUCAAUGACGGCGAUAUGCGCAGAUUGUGCGAAACCCAAGGGCGGGAGGUCGUGGAGACGCGAGAAUGGGCUUCGGCUGUGUUUGGCAGGAUAAGAGGCGAGGAUGGGGGAGAGGAGAACGAGGUCAAGAUGCUUUCGGCGGGUGUUCUGAUUAAGCUUGGAGAGGCAAUUGAACAAUACCAGGCUCUGUUGAUGGGCAAUAUGAUUGGUUUCUGA